AUGGCUUCCGCUACCUUCACCCAGAACUUUGUCACUGUCGACGCUGAUCCUACCGUCGGCUCCAUCAACCUCGGCUUCACUGAGGGCGACAACCUCCAGAACAACAAGGGCGGCGAUGCUCCCAUCACCGGAAAGUCCACCCUUGCCAUCGUCAAGUACGAGGCUGGCGGCCAGGCCAGGGCUUUCAACCUUACCAAGCCCAUCGUCUUCCCUCCCUUGACUGCCAUCAAGAUCACCGGAGGUGCCAAGAAGGACAACACCCUCAAGGCCGUUGAUGACCACGGCAACGAGGCUAUCUGGUCUCUCGCUUAA